AUGGCUGAGGAAGAUCUGAACCCUUCCACCCAUCAUGUUCCCUUGUACGCGGAGUCCGGAGGACGAACGGACACAGCGGCUUUGUUUGCCCGCUUGACCGAAGAGGUUUUCUGCCAGGCAUCCCUCGGUGCCACCAGGCGCUCUUUUCGGUGGUUGAAGCAAACCUUUGACGAGGCGGAUAAAAACGGCGAUGGCAGCCUGAGCAUUAACGAAGUCCUCCAGCUGAUGCACAAGCUGAACGUCAACCUCCCCCGUCAGAAAGUGAAACAGAUGUUCAAGGAGGCGGAUACGGAUGACAACCAGGGCACCCUGGACUUCGAAGAAUUCUGCGCUUUCUACAAGGUGAUGUCCACCCGGCGUGACCUGUACCUCCUUAUGCUCACCUACAGCAACCACAAGGACUUCCUAGACGCCGAGGACCUCAAGCGCUUUCUGGAGACCGAGCAAAAGAUGAGCAACGUCACCAAGGAGCACUGCUUGGAAAUUAUCGGCCAGUUUGAACCGUGUCCGGAAAACAGGCAGCAAGGAGCGCUGGGGAUCGACGGGUUCACCUCUUACAUGCGCAGCCCCGCUGGGGACGUCUUCAACCCGGAACACUACCAGGUCAACCAAGACAUGACUCGCCCUCUGAGUCACUACUUCAUCACCUCGUCUCAUAACACCUACCUCAUGGGGGACCAGCUGAUGUCCCAGUCCAGAGUGGACAUGUACGCCUGGGUCCUGCAGUCCGGGUGCCGAUGUGUGGAAGUUGACUGCUGGGACGGUCCGGAGGGCGAGCCUAUAGUCCACCACGGCUACACCUUGACCUCCAAGAUCCUUUUCAAAGAUGUGAUUGAGACCAUCAACAAGUACGCCUUCAUCAAAAGCGAGUACCCCAUCAUUUUAUCCAUCGAAAACCACUGCAGUGUCACCCAGCAGAAAAAAAUGGCCCAGUACCUGGUGGAAAUUUUGGGAGACAAACUGGACUUGUCUACAGCCAACAACGAGGACCCCAAUCAGCUGCCUUCCCCGGAGACCCUCAAGGGGAAAAUCUUGGUUAAGGGGAAAAAGCUUCCGGCCAACAUUAGCGAAGACGCCGAAGAGGGCGAAGUAUCCGAUGAGGACAGCGCGGAUGAGAUGGACGAUGACUGUAAGCUGAUGAACGGGGAUGCUUCUUCUAACCGGAAGCGGGUCGAAAACUUUGCCAAGAAGAAGUUGGAUUCUCUGAUCAAGGAAUCUCAAAUCCGGGACUGCGAAGACCAGAACAAUUUUGCCGUCACCACCUUAUCGACCUCGGGGAAAUUGGAGAACAAGCAGGAUCUUAAGAAGAUCCUGGAACCCGGCGAGGACGGGAUCCUCAGCAAACGUCACAACCGAUCCCUGAUGGGAAGCUUGACCAAACGCAAGAAAAAAUCCAGCAAGCUUAAAAGGACCCCAAGUUUGGAAGAUGGAGAGGACGACCUUGAAUGCCAAGGAAACUUAACUAGAACAACAAAUCGGCAGAAGAAAACGAUGAAACUGUCCCGGGCGCUCUCGGAUCUGGUGAAGUACACGCGAUCUGUGGGAAGCCACGACGUGGAAUCGGAAAUGGCGCUGAACUACCAAUCCGAAGGGAGAAUGCUGCAGCUCAACCGGGCCAAGUUUGGCGCCAACGGGAAUUGCGGCUACGUCCUGAAGCCCAAGUGUAUGUGUCAAGGAUUUAUUUUGCCUAUCAUAGAUCCGUUUGUGGAAGUCGAAGUGAUCGGCUUGCCCAUGGAUUGUUGCAAAGAGCAGACCAGGGUUGUGGACGACAACGGUUUCAAUCCGAUGUGGGAAGAAACCUUGGUUUUCAACAUUGGCAUGCCAGAGAUUGCCCUGGUGCGUUUCCUGGUCUGGGACCACGAUCCCAUCGGGAGGGAUUUUAUCGGUCAGAGAACGAUUGCGUUUACGUCAAUGAUGCCAGGCUAUCGGCACGUCUACCUAGAAGGUAUGGAGGAAGCUUCCGUCUUCGUUCACAUAGCCGUCAACGACAUAUGUGGUAAG